GAUAACAAAUUUUGACAAGCACAGCUUGACAAAUAAACAUAAAUGGCUGCCAAAUCUUAGUGAUAGUGGAAGAUUUUUCCAAAUACACUGAUUUCUCAAUAAGAAAGAGUAGAAAAAUAAAAAACCGAUUAGAAUUGAAAAAGAAAAAUAUAAAUAAAUCAAUUGGUGGUUGUAAGAUUGAAAAUUAAAUGAAAUAUCCUUUAAGAUGUGGCCGAAAACGAUCGUAAUGUCAAAGGAUGAAUGCCGUGGCGCAUUGAGGAGACUUGAAUUAGAAUCAUAUGCAGCUCUUAUAAGUGUGUUUCGCGCCCAAGGUUGUCUCAAUGAGGCAAAAAGCAAAGUGCUCGAGGAUUUGCGAAAUAUGUUUCGUAUUUCCCAGGAACGACAUCGGGCUGAAGCGCGUCGUGUAUCUAAUGACGAACAACUGUGUACAAUUGCGGAAAAUUUAGCUGGACCGAAUACUUGGCAAGAAUGGGCUCGGGAGGGCCGACGUCCAUUUCCACUUUUGGCGCGCGUACCACCACAAACUGCUUUAAAUAUUAUAGCAAACAAAAUUGCUGCUAAGGUUACCAGUGAAAAUUCAAAGCUUCCAUUACCUUCUGAAACAGGUGUAGAAUAUAAAAAAUUACGUACAGGAAUGGAAGCAGCAGACAAGAAUAAUGAACACUUAAUGCAGCCAGCAAAUAUUGUCACAAGUAAUCCUUAUCCAGCGCCGAACAUACCUGACGGCCCAAAACGAACGUUAAAACGAAAUGCCGGUGAAGGCCAAAAUGCACCAAGCAGAAAACGAGCUGCUAAUGAACCAACAACAAGGAAAUCACCAAAUAUAUCAGCACGUAAAUACCUACAUAUUACAUCGGAUGGAAAUUUAAAUGAACCUCCACAGACAAGUGUACAAAACAUGUACGCUUAUCAGAGCAACAUAAAUCAGCCAAUGGAACAAAAUCCGCCACCACAACCACAACCACAACAUACACCCAAACCGCGAGGAACAAGGCGUGCACCACAAAAUAAGCGUCAAGACGUGCCACCCAAAGUUAAUAAAAGAAAACAGAAUUUAGUAUUGCAGCAAGAACCGCUACAAAUAUCCUUGAGAAUAACUCAACCGCAAUUUCAAUAUGAGCACCUGCAGAGUGGAGAUCAAAUCUCACAUCUUGACGCACAAGCCAUUGUAGCCAGUGCUGAUUACUUAAAAGUGGAUAAUAUACCUGAGAAUGAAAAUGGUUCUUAUGUAGCGCCAACAUCCAGAAAAGAUGUUACAAAAAAUUAUGCCAGAUUAAAUGUGCCAGCAACUAUCACAUCAGGUCAAUUGCAACAAUUGCAAAAUGUCAAUCAUACACCAACAAUAACAACUACACUGAAUGCUACAUCACCCACAACUCCAGUCGUCUUCAAUAAACUCGAAAAGCAGCCAUUUUCAACGCCUGUAAAAAAAUAUAUUGUCGAAGAUCGUCAACCAACAAUAAACAGUCCGCAAGGAUCUCACAUAUUAACGUUUCCGCAUUCCUCGCCAUUUUCGACAACUGCAAAAUUGCGUGGCGUUAACACCACAAUCUUACCGCCUGGAACAAAAAUUACUGCAAAAAGAAUGCCCACAUCAACAGUUGUGUCUGCAGCGGCAGUGAAUAACGCUAAUGUAAGCGGACUUUCGGUGUUAGCCGAUCAGGCUUCAAUGAGUCCAGCUCUCGCUCAUCCAAGUACAAAUGAAGGUUUGCAACAGCCAGCGCAAGGUAAAGUACUUACCACGAAAAUAUUACCGCUAAUGCUGGGCGCUUCAGGAAACAGUGUGAACAGUACGACCACAAAUAUCACACCAAGCAGUUCUACACAAAUAACUAAAAUCGAUAUUUUGAAUAAUGGAGCUAAUGUAAUAGGUGUUGGAAGUGGCACAACUCACGCGGGCACUACCUUGGGUGGCGCCACAAUUAUGAAGAAGUUACAAUCUCCUGUUAUGCUCUCUCAAGAACCAAGUGGUAGUGGAACAACUGGCACCAAUAUACAUCUGACGUCUGUUGGUAGUAGCAGUGCAGGCACAACUGUUUUCCGCAAACCCUCCAUCAUAAAAACCAAUAUUCUCGGCCGCAGUACGAGUAGUGUUUCUACAAAUGCUGCAACGACCGCAAAGCUUACAAGCGGAAACUCGAAUCCAGAUGGGCCUAAAAUUAUAAGCAAUAUUAAAUUAGUUCCCACAAUAUCAGCCACACCAGCAACAGCAACGCAGCAACAAUACCUACAGCAGCAACUAAAGAACGCUAACACUGGCCUGCGCACAAGUGUUAAAAUCUGCCAAUCCGCCAAUGGUAAAGUAUUCAUACAACCAGCAAACGUUGAUGCAACGAAAUCUCGAACACAAACGAGUACCCUACAAAAAAAUUUAGGUAUGCCAUUAGCUACUUCAGCUCCGCAGCAAGCAAACACUAGAUUUGCAAUACAAAAAGUUCAAAUUAUACCAGCGUCCAUGUCGUCGCCGACACUACAAAACUCAAUAGCGAAUUAUCAACAAACACAGCAGAAGCACAUUUCAUUUGGUAACAAAAUGUAUAUACCAGGAUCGAAUACGGUGCGUACGGCUACAGGUUCCAUAACUUUAUCUGCAGCAAAUUUAGCUACUGACGACAAUGAGAGCAGUAGUCAAGGUACUAUAGUUAGUAUGCAGCAGAAACAAGCUGAGAAUGGUGGGAAAGCAAAUGUUCUUCUCAUUGGACCGACGAGCUCAACAAUAGAAAACCAGAAACACAACACUACAGGAAAUAUUCUACAGUCCCCAACUAAACCGGACAGUGCUCAAAUGAUUACUGAAGAUACACCAAUCGACAUAAUUGGUGCUCCUAUUCUAGUUAAUAACAGCGGUAACACUAUUCAAUCAAAUGCACACGCUAUUGAAUUGAAAGGAAAGGGCGGACAUGAAGAUGACUCAACAUUUGUGUUAGGUGCUACCGAUUGGGAAAUGGAAUUGGAUCAAGCCACUGCAUUUGCGGCAGUCAAUAAAAGCAAUCAGCACGGAAAUGUGAACAAAGCAACAUAUCAACAUGACCAUGUACCAAUACUUGUUGAUGAUAGUUUCGAAGAUGAAAUUAUUGUUGAAGAAAAUGAGGAGAUGUCCAGUUCUAAUAUCACUGCCAACACACAUUAUGCAGACAAUGAACACUACAGCGUAACUAAUAUAGAACAAAAACCGGGUGAAUUAAGAGCAGGCGUUGAGCACAGUGGCACCAUUAUAAUACAACCUGCUGAUUAUGCAGCUCAUUCUGAAUUCGAAGACGCCAUCGAAAUCGAUGAAAACACUGCUAUUGAAUAUAUUGAACACGAUCCAAAUCCAGGUCCAGAAGACAACAUGGACAAGACUGAUGGUAUGCAUGCAAAAACAAUUACAGAUAGAGAAUAUGUAAAAGAUUUGGCAGUUACCUACGCAACUAAAUAAUUGCAUAAAACUGGUAUUCAGAAUCGAAUACCAAAGAAUUCACCUAUUCACCUAUUCACCUCAUCUGUUAAGUUAAAACGGUAGGUGACAAUUACAAUAUAGACAAAAAAUAGAAAAAAGGAAAUAUAAAAAAUAUGAAGAAAGAAAUAUAAGAAAAUUAUGACGUUAAAGAAAAAUCAAAAGAGAAGUUCUUGCUGGCGCAUUAUCCCAAAAUAAUACUAGUGGGUAACAGUGGUCCUUUUUGGAAUAACUUUUUAAACAUUUAUACUAGCUGAGCUUUUAUUAUUGAAUGCUUAUUCCUUAAACUAAAAAUUAUGUUAACUUAUUUUUUACUAUAAUCUUCUAAUCCGUAUAGACCUUUUGAAAGUAUUUUUACAUAGAAUUAUUUAAAAUAUUUACCAUACAACAACAUUUGUACCCAAAUACGUUCUGAAGAGCGUUAAUUAUCUCUUUAGACUGAAAUUAAAAUGUGUUUAAGAGUUAUAGUUGAGCUUGUUUUACUGAUUUAUGCAUUCACUUUGGAUUGUUAUAUGGUAGCCGUAGCAGUUGUGCCUUUCGCAGGACAGUUUAUUU